GACCAACUGGAGACCGUGGAGAUAGCGACGGGGAAAUUCAAACGUGUUUGCGGAAAGGAGUUUAGGUUCCAUCUUUUCAUUUCUUCAGCGCCGCUUCCAGUAGAAAUGGAGUCCGAGGAUUUAAGUGGCAGAGAAUUGACAAUUGAUUCCAUAAUGAACAAAGUGAGAGACAUUAAAAAUAAGUUUAAAAAUGAAGACCUUACUGAUGAACUAAGCUUGAAUAAAAUUUCUGCUGAUACUACAGAUAACUCGGGAACUGUUAACCAAAUUAUGAUGAUGGCAAACAGCCCAGAGGACUGGUUGAGUUUGUUGCUCAAACUAGAGAAAAACAGUGUUCCUCUAAGUGAUGCUCUUUUAAAUAAAUUGAUUGGUCGUUACAGUCAAGCAAUUGAAGCACUUCCCCCAGAUAAAUAUGGCCAAAAUGAGAGUUUUGCUAGAAUUCAAGUGAGAUUUGCUGAAUUAAAAGCUAUUCAAGAGCCAGAUGAUGCACGUGACUACUUUCAAAUGGCCAGAGCAAACUGCAAGAAAUUUGCUUUUGUUCAUAUAUCUUUUGCACAAUUUGAACUGUCACAAGGUAAUGUCAAAAAAAGUAAACAACUUCUUCAAAAAGCUGUGGAACGUGGAGCAGUACCACUAGAAAUGCUGGAAAUUGCCCUACGGAAUUUAAACCUCCAAAAAAAGCAGCUGCUUUCAGAGGAGGAAAAGAAGACUUUAUCAGCAUCUAUGGUAUUAACUGCCCAAGAAUCAUUUUCCAGUUCACUUGGGCAUUUACAGAAUAGGAACAACAGUUGUGAUUCCAGAGGACAGACUACCAAAGCCAGGUUUUUGUAUGGAGAGAACAUGCCCCCACAAGAUGCAGAAAUAGGUUAUCGGAAUUCAUUGAAACAAACCAACAAAACUAAACAGUCAUGCCCAUUUGGAAGAGUCCCAGUUAACCUUCUAAAUAGCCCAGACUGUGAUGUGAAGACAGAUGAUUCAGUUGUACCUUGUUUUAUAAAAAGACAAACCUCUAGAUCAGAAUGCCGAGAUUUGGUUGUGGCCGGAUCUAAACCAAGUGGAAAUGAUUCCUGUGAAUUGAGAAAUUUAAAGUCUGUUCAAAAUAUUAAUUGCAAGGAACCUCUGGUAUCAGAUGAAAAGAGUUCUGAACUUAUUAUUACUGAUUCAGUAACCCUGAAGAAUAAAACUGAAUCAAGUCUUCGAGCUAAAUUAGAAGAAACUAAAGAGUACCAAGAACCAGAGGUUCCAGAGAGUAACCAGAAACAGUGGCAAUCUAAGAGAAAGUCAGCAUGUAUUAACCAGAAUCCUGUUGCAUCUUCAAAUCAGUGGCAGAUUCCAGAGUUAGCCCGAAAGGUUAAUAUAGAGCAGAAACACACCACUUUUGAGCAACCUGUCUUUUCAGUUUCAAAACAGUCACCGCCAAUGUCAGCAUCUAAAUGGUUUGACCCAAAAUCUAUUUGUAAGACACCAAGCAGCAAUACCUUGGAUGAUUACAUGAGCUGUUUUAGAACUCCAGUUGUAAAGAAUGACUUUCCACCUGCUUGUCAGUUGUCAACACCCUAUGGCCAACCUGCCUGUUUCCAGCAGCAACAGCAGCAAAUACCUGCUACUCCACUUCAAAAUUUACAGGUUUUAGCAUCCUCUUCAGCAAAUGAAUGCAUUUCGGUUAAAGGAAGAAUUUAUUCCAUAUUAAAGCAGAUAGGAAGUGGAGGUUCAAGCAAGGUAUUUCAGGUGUUGAAUGAAAAGAAACAGAUAUAUGCUAUAAAAUUUGUGAACUUAGAAGAAGCAGAUAACCAAACUCUUGAUAGUUACCGGAACGAAAUAGCUUAUUUGAAUAAACUACAACAACACAGUGAUAAGAUCAUCCGACUUUAUGAUUAUGAAAUCACGGACCAGUACAUCUACAUGGUAAUGGAGUGUGGAAAUAUUGAUCUUAAUAGUUGGCUUAAAAAGAAAAAAUCCAUUGAUCCAUGGGAACGCAAGAGUUACUGGAAAAAUAUGUUAGAGGCAGUUCACACAAUCCAUCAACAUGGCAUUGUUCACAGUGAUCUUAAACCAGCUAACUUUCUGAUAGUUGAUGGAAUGCUAAAGCUAAUCGAUUUUGGGAUCGCAAACCAAAUGCAACCAGAUACAACAAGUAUUGUUAAAGAUUCUCAGGUUGGCACAGUUAAUUAUAUGCCACCAGAAGCAAUCAAAGAUAUGUCUUCCUCCAGAGAGAAUGGGAAGUCUAAGUCAAAGAUAAGCCCCAAAAGUGAUGUUUGGUCCUUAGGAUGUAUUUUGUACUAUAUGACUUAUGGGAAAACACCAUUUCAGCAUAUAAUUAAUCAGAUUUCUAAGUUGCAUGCCAUAAUUGAUCCUAAUCAUGAAAUUGAAUUUCCUGAUAUUCCAGAGAAAGAUCUUCAGGAUGUGUUAAAGUGUUGUUUAAAAAGGGACCCAAAACAGAGGAUAUCCAUUCCUGAGCUCCUGGCUCAUCCAUACGUUCAAAUUCAAACUCAUCCAGGUAACCAAAUGGCCAAGGGAACCACUGAAGAAAUGAAAUAUGUUCUGGGCCAACUUGUUGGUCUGAAUUCUCCUAACUCCAUUUUGAAAGCUGCUAAAAAAGUUCAGAACCAGAUUUGAAGCUCUUGUGAAAGAAUUACAACUUCUCUUAUCAUCUGCAUUUUUGUGUCCUUUUUGCAUUGGUCUUAAACUUUUACUUUUUUCUAUUUUUCCUGGUCAUAAUUAUUUAUUUCUACUUAUAUUUCUACUCUUAUGUUAUUCUAGAGCCACUAUAGGCUACACUGGACAAUUUGUAGAAGAGAUGGGAGUAUAGAUAAAUGCAUGAAUGUAAAGAAAAGGAAAAAAAAAUCCUCACAACACUAAAAUAAAGCAUUGCUUCUUGGGAAGAAGAUCAUAUAAUUAGCUCUAAUGAGCCUGGCUACAUUUAGAAAAUCUCUGUGUUUGGAUUAUAUAUGAUUUAAUUAGUAUUUGGACAACUAUGAUUAAUGAGAGAACAAAUCUCUAGAACCCCUACUGAGCAAAAAGGCUGAUUUUAGAUUUUAAAACUUAGCAAAUCAAAAUAACCCUAGUUCAGUAUGCCUUAUUGUGUUACAGGUGAAGAACAGCCAUCCAGUGAAAUCAACUACUCUGGAGCGGCCUGGUUUUUGAGCAUGAAAUUAAGAUACUGAGUUUGUGACUUCUGUCCUCCAUUCAUUGUAUGGAUUGCCCUUCAUAUUGGAUCAUGUGUCCUCGACCCACCUGUCUAGCUUCAUCCUUCUCCUGCCACUUCCCGUCUGGCAUCUGACAUUCCACAGAUUCACAAACUUCCUAGCUGAUACCGACACUGAGUCCUCUGAUGGAUUCCCUUUCACUACUUCCCCUUAUAGGCCCAGUCAUGUCAUCUCUUAAGAAACUUUCUUUGAUUUGGGCUCCUCAUUGAUCACAUUACUCAAGCAGAAGUUGUCUUCUCUAUGCUUCAUAAGAUUUUGAAAAUGCCACCAUUAUUAUUGGCGUAUUUAUCUCCCCUAAUAGACUGUGAACUCCUUAAGUUUUUGGCUAUUACAUGGUCAUCUAGGCCCUGAUGUGGCCUAUUAUAGUGCUUGGCUUAUAGCAGAUACCCAUUUUAUCUUUCAUAAUGAGUGAACACAGCUGGUUGAAAAGAUGUCCCAUGAGUUGCCACAUGCACAGGUCAACAAGACAUUUCACCAGGUCACAGUCACAUGCUGUUCGGGGAUGCUUUCUUUUGGUUUGAUCUCUACUCCCUGGGCUCCCAAUUAUAACAACUUACUGCCUUUUGUUUUGGGCCUUACUUUGGUCCCUUUUUAAAUUUUUUUAUUUUUUAUUUUUUUGAGAUAGAGUUUGGCUCUGUCACCUAGGUUAGGGUGCAGUGGCGUGAUCUUGACUCACUGCAACCUCCACUUCCAGUGUUCAAGCGAUUCUUCUGCCUUAGCCUCCUGAGUAGCUGAGACUACAGGUGCUCUUCAUUGCCAUGCUAAUUUUUUUAUUUUUCAUAGAGACAGCGUUUCACCAUGUUGGCCAGGAUGGUCUCAAACUUGUGACCUCAAGUGACGCUCCCACCUCUGCCUCCCACCUUUAUUUUUUAUUUUCCUAAUGAUUAGGGUUAUUUUUUCUCAAAGCCCAGCUGCCUGCUUUAAGAGUUAUUUUUUGAUUGCCACUAUUUAAUAAAAGCAUCUCAUAUUUUAUCUGGCAAAAGAUGCAGAGGUCAACCUGAUUAUCAUGUUAAAGGAUAUAUAGGUUUUUAGGAUAUAUAAAUAUUUAUAUUCUAUGAAAUAUGUCUGAAAGUACAUAUGGUUGGCCUUCUAUAUUUAUGGGUUCCACAUCAUGGAUUCAACCAACCACAUAUUGAAAAAUUUUGAAAAACUAAACUUAUAAAAAAUCACAAUACAAUAAAAAUAAAAAAUUUUAAAUACAAUAUAAUAAU